GAGACAGAGACCGAGCGGCGGCGGCGGCGGCGGCGGCGAUCACGCGAAACGACACCGGAGCACCGCGCUCACUCACUCAACGGGACGCACCGGUUUUUCAGGCCGCCGUCAGCUGCCGAGAGGCGGACUCGCGAAGCAGGAGGAGUCGGUGUCGGUCGCGGACGAGAGACGCGAGCUGACAGACGUACGGCUGUAAAGUACAGUGCUGUCGGCCUGCCGGAGGCUGCUUCUCAGUACGGCAGUAUUAUUAGUCGUUCUACGCAGAAGAUAAAGAAUAUAUCCUUUUUGACGAGUAAACUUCAGUUUGCGCCCAAAACGAAAAACGGAUUGACGGCUCGCCGCUGGAAAAGCACCGCGCGCGCGACCCGCAGCUAGCGGCCGGGAGGACGUAGGAGCUCCUCCGCGCUCGUUUGCGAAGAAAGAGACACAAAACAUCGAGGCGGGGGACGUAAGCCGUUCAAAGUCUCCAGUCGGCUUUUGCUUUCCUGCCGAACGCUGCCGAAAGGAGGGCUCUCGUGUACGCGACUCGAAAUUCUCUCGGGUUUGGGAAGAACCCAACCCCCGAAAGAGACCCAAAUGAUGGAGACGGGAGACCGUGAGCGCUUCGGACUACAAAUGGGCUCGGAGAAGGACUCGGAGCCGUCGCGCUCCUCCCUGAGCGGCGCGCCCGACCCGAAGUGCCGGCCGGCCGGAAAGCGCCGACGCCGCGUCUCCUUCCGGAGCCUGUUCCACGGCAAGCGUGGCUCCCGGGCGGCCGAGCGCCCCGAGGGGGUGGCCGCCGCCCCGCCGUCCCGCCUUCCCCGCACGCGGCAGCAGCCUCUACCGUCUACCGCCUUGAGCCCGGCCGCCCCGGCGCCGCCCGCGCCCGAGCACCCCGCCCCCGGCGCCCCCUCGGAGCGGCUCUCCCGCGGCCGGACCUCCCUGGGCGGCGAGGCUCCGCCGCGGGACCGCGAGCUGCUGGAGUGCCCCCUGUGCCUGGUGCGCCUGCCGGCCGAGCGGCUGCCCGAGCUGCUGGGCUGCGGCCACCGCUCCUGCCUGUGCUGCCUGCGCCAGUACCUGCGCAUCGAGAUCACCGAGAGCCGCGUGCAGCUCAGCUGCCCCGAGUGCGCCGAGCGCCUGGCGCCCCGGCAGGUGGCCGACAUCUUGGACGACGCGGCCCUGCUGGACAAGUACGAGGAGUUCCUGCUGCGCCGCUGCCUGGCCGCCGACCCCGACUGCAGGUGGUGCCCGGCGCCCGACUGCGGGUUCGCCGUCAUCGCUUCGGGCUGCGCCAGCUGCCCCCGGCUGGCGUGCCGGCGCGAGGGCUGCGGCGCCGAGUUCUGCUACCACUGCAAGCAGGCGUGGCACCCCAACCAGACGUGCGACUCGGCCCGCCAGCAGCGGGCGCAAUCGCUGCACGCGCACGGCACCCGCUCGCCAAGCUACGCGCAGGAGCAGGGACCCGCGGACGACAUCAAGCCGUGCCCGCGCUGCGGCGCCUACAUCAUCAAGAUGAACGACGGCAGCUGCAAUCACAUGACGUGCGCCGUGUGCGGCUGCGAGUUCUGCUGGCUGUGCAUGAAGGAGAUCUCGGACCUGCACUACCUCAGCCCGUCCGGCUGCACCUUCUGGGGCAAGAAGCCGUGGAGCAGGAAGAAGAAGAUUCUGUGGCAGCUGGGCACGCUCAUCGGCGCCCCCGUGGGCAUCACGCUCAUCGCCGGCGUGGCCGUGCCCGCCAUGCUCAUCGGCAUCCCCGUUUACGUCGGGCGCAAGAUCCACGCGCACUACGACCUGAAGAAGGCGUCUCGCCGGCGCAGGAACUUGGCCGUCGCGGGCGGCGUGGCCUUGUCCGUCCUGACCGCGCCCGUCAUCGCCGCCGUCAGCGUGGGCAUCGGCGUGCCCAUCAUGUUGGCGUACGUGUACGGCGUGGUGCCCGUCUCGCUGUGCCGAGGCGGCGGCUGCGGCGUCAGCCGAGGGAAAGGCCGCGGGGUGCGCAUCGACUUCGACGAGGACGACGGACCCAUCACAGUGGCGGACGCGUGGCGAGCGCUCAAAUCGCCGAGCCUGGGCGAGAGCGGCCCGGACGGCGGCCUGAGCGCCACCUCCCCCGGCGAGGGCCUCUCGUUGGCGCCGGGGACCGUCGGGGACGCGCCCCGCUUCGACACCCCGGAGGCCCGCGCGGGCAAAUACGGCAGGCCGGAGGUCCGGGCGGGGGAGCCGGCCGAGGAGACGGGCGGCUCGGGGGCGGGCAGCGAUUGCGCCGGCGGGAUGGCGGGCACCAUCGUCUCGUCCUACACGCUGCCUGACAGGGAGCGCACCAACCUGGAAGUCCGAGUGGACAUCGAGACCGAACCCAGCCAUCUCUGUCUGACCAGCGAGGAGGACCUGGCGCCGGGCGCGGGGGAGCCCCUGGACCGCGGCGCCCCGGGCCCGCCGCCGGGCGACGUCGCGCCGGCCCGGCCGGAGAGCAUCCGCGGCGACCCGGAGACGUCCGACACGCAGUCGGACGACGUCGGCGAGCUGACGUCCGACGACUGCGACUCUCCCCGGCCCGAGGGGCCGCCGCCCGCGCGGGCCGCCUCGUGCCGCGCCCCGAGCGCCCCCGCCGAAGGCCUCGGCGCCCGUGCCGCCGACGUCGCCCCGUACGUGUGAGACGCCGGCGCCCGCGGAAUGUCCUUUCGGCGUUUAGGCCGCAUCCUUCGUAUCCGGCGCAAGCUCCACAUACUAGUAUACUCUUUCUCCUCACUUGUGACACAACACGUAAUUGAUGCCAACCCAAAAGAUUUGUAAUUGCCUAUAGAUGCCACAAGAUGGCGGCAGAGUACUACUUGUGUCUCAAUGAAACGCCUCACUUCAGCGUAUAUCCACUUCCAAUACUGUCACUGCACAAAAACGGUGAGUAACGGAAGUGCCAAAAUUCAGAAUAGGCAAAUUUGCAAAUGCCAGCGCGCAGAUGCGCAACAACAAACCGCAACAACUUUAUUGGUAAGACGAGGUCAUUGUACAAGUGCAUUGAAUCGUCUGAUAAGCGAAGCCGGCGUGUUCUAGUAUGUGGACCACAUGAAGGAUAGCAGAUAAAUGCUCAAACGGCUUCCGAGAGGCAGCGGCUCUCGGGAACGCGCGACACACAUUCGCGCUUCCCCUCACGCUUUUCUUUUUGUCUUCCUUUUUUUUUUUGUUUUUCUUUUUGUUCCUUUGCUGCUUUUUGCCUCCCUGGCAUCCGGCUGACAAUCGUCUCAUUGUCGGAGUUCUACCUCUGAGAUUUCUACGAGCGUGUUUACUCCCGCGUGCCGAAAGCCUUGGCUCCGAUGUAGAGAACGGUUUUCCACGCGGCGCUUCUCAGCUGAGCAACGCGUGCGCGAAACAACAAUUGUGGCUUCCAUGUCCUCGUCGCGCUGUAUUUCAUUUGAGAUUUUGUUGUUUGCUGAGGGCGCGAGCGCGUCUUCAGCAGCAGACGGCCACUGUAAGGAGUGAAACAGUCAAAUACGCAAAAACAACACAAACGUUUGGAGGCACAAGCGGACGACGCAGUGGCGCCUUCAGAGAAACGCAUCAACAAACGCCGUGUAAGUAGACAAUAGACAAAGAGGGCAGCGACACGAACAGUAGCUUUCUCUGUUUUUCUUUUUUUCCCCUUUACUUCAACGGGGAAGAGGAUUUGAGAUGUGGCGGUUUUGCGCGACGAGCCCACUCGCAGAAUGAAUUCGACUCGUAUCUCGAGGCGCCACUGCGUUACUUUCGAUUGGCGGCAAGAAUUAAAAACAAAUAUUUCCGUUUUGAGGGAGGUUUGCCCACGCGACGAGUUGUCGCUGUGCGUUUGUGUGCCUGCGGUUGGUCGGCCUCCUUGUUUGUUUUGAAUGCGCACUUCUGCACUUUACCCAAACCUAGCUUUCAUGGUUUUGGGCUACUCGUCAUCGUCGCGAUCAUCGUCGUCAUUAUGUAUUUGCAAUUUAAGGAGACGUAUUACGCAUUUUUCCUCCCACACAAUUAAAAACAAUUCCCAUUUCUGUCAACGUAGCCCAAGGGAACAAAACAUCGAGCACAAUUCACACGCAUUUCUUGUCUUGCUGAAAUUAGCCCCGUGCCGUACUGCUCGCCGUGCCCUAGAAACUGUCGUUACCAUGACAACCAGGGGGCGAAGCGAGCCGAUUGAUCGGAAGCCGAGCCCAAAGUGUGGAGAAAAAAAGACAGUCGAAGCAUUUUCACUCUUGGACGCAGCACUUCAUUCACUAUACUGUGUGUAUGUGGCGCACGGGCGUCUCGGCGAACUCAGCGCGGGGGUGCAAAUGAUGUGAAUUAGCUGAAUUGUGAUGGCAUAAUUCCCUGAUACAUCUUCAGAAACCGGCAGAUUUAAGACACUUUUUGUUUGUUUUUUUUUCAAUCCAAUCAAAGACACGGAAAAGGUCACUUUUGUGUAAUAUGUCUCCUUGAAGUUGCCGACAACCAAACUCAACUAAUCUCACACCGGGAUGCCUUUCGUGUCGGAUGUGACUUAGGUGUUAACCUCCAAAACCUUUUUGUUUUGAAAUCCUUUGAAUUGUGAUUUUGGAGGCAAACACCGGCGGUCGUCUUCAUCAUUCUCACAGGCCCGAAUUGUUUCUCAGCUUUGUGCUCGCCUAUGACGAGAACAAACCAAAAGAAAACGCUUUCUCGAGCGUUGGUGGAAUGUUCUCCGUGUCCGAGGAGCUCCUUUAGGCCUUCUGCUGCUUAUUUGUUUUGCUGCACCGUUCGCUGCUUUUCUGCCUGCGUGUGUGUGACAAACCGCUCGAAUGUACCGCGGGCCCGAGCGUCGACUGGACCGAUUUGGAUGAAGAGAAUAUAGAUUUAGCAAUAUUUGAGUGUACCGAAAGUGCUCGUGUACUUCCUGUCGCUCUCAAAGUCUCGCCCUGGCAUGAGGACGCACAUGCAGGACUGUGAAUGACU